AAUAAACUAUUUUUUCUUUUAUUUCAGAUUUAAAUGAAGAAAAUGAGGAGAUUGAAAAAUUGAGUGAAGUUGGGGAGAAAAAUCAUGUCAAAAGUAGAGAAAAACCUUUGAGUUGCUCUCAAACUAAACAGAAAGAUUUAAAGAAAAGCAGAGCCAAGAAAUCAUUCACCUGCACUCAGUGUGGAAAGAGUUUGUCAAGGAAAACGAGUCUUGAUGUUCACAUGAGAGUUCACACGGGAGAGAAACCAUUCACUUGUGAUCAGUGCGGGAAGAGAUUCGCACAUAAAAUCAGUCUUGAUGUUCACAUGAGAGUCCACACCGGAGAGAAACCAUUCACUUGUGAUCAGUGCGGGAAGAGAUUCGCACAUAAAAUCAGUCUUGAUGUUCACAUGAGAGUUCACACCGGAGAGAAACCAUUCACUUGUGAUCAGUGCGGCAAAAGUUUCACACAAUCAUCACACCUUAAGCUACACAUGAUGAUCCACACUGGAGAGAAACCACACACAUGUGAUGAGUGUGGCAAAGGUUUCACACAAUCAUCACACCUUAAGCUACACAUGAUGAUCCACACUAAAGAGAAACCACACACAUGUGAUCACUGCGGCAAAACAUUUAUGACAGCUUCACACCUGGAGGAUCACCUAAGAGUUCAUACAAAGGAGAAACCACAUUCAUGUCAUUUGUGUGGAAAGAGCUUUUCACGUCUACAUCAUUUGAAAGAGCAUCAGAAAAUACAUACUGGUGUGAGAGAGUACAUGUGCUUUGUGUGUGACAAGACUUUUACUACAGCAUACGGUUUAAAACUGCACGAGAGGAUCCACACUGGAGAGAAACCUUAUGUCUGUAUUGAAUGUGGGAAAGUUACUUUUACUACAGCUAAGUAUUUAAAAAAGCACUGGAGGAUUCACACUGGAGAAAAACCUUACAAGUGUUCACAUUGUGACAAGAGAUUCAGCGUGUCAUCAGCUCUGAAAUCACAUGAGAGGAACCACACUGCAGAGAAACCGUAUCACUGCACUGAAUGUGGGAAGUGUUUCAAACAUUCAUCAUUCAUACACAGACAUACAAAAAACAAUCACAGCAAGUAGAUCAUCUUCAGAUCCAGCUCUUUCAGAUCUGAUGCUAUGUUCUCAUCAAAUGUGACACAAUGAUGCAACAAGCAAUAAAAUAUAAUCUGGAAAAAUCUGUCAUUACAAGUAACUUGACAA